AUGGAUCCCGCCGCCCUUGCGCAGCUGCUGGGCGCCACGUCGUUCAAGGUGUCUGACGCAGCUGCCGACGAUGGCUCCACUCGUGAUGGCCGCUGGGCGGCGCUGAGUGAGUCCAGCUGCUCAUCCCGCUCAUCCUCCUGCGACGGCUUCCUGCCGCUGCCGGUAGACCUGGGCAUUCCAAACGACGCCACGGCAGGCGCAGUAAAGGCUGAUAAGGAGUAUCGCGAGCCACGGUGCUGGUGGCAUUUCGAGAGGCACUUCGACUACCUGGUCGACCGCAACCUGAGGCCUGUCAUGGACUAUGCGCUGGGCAGGUCGCCGGCGCACUCUAACAAGCACGCUCGCAGCAGGACGAGCGGUACUCCGUACAUGCCCCAGUCGCACGCUGCAGCUUAUUCGGGCAGCAACGGAACGGCUCUGCAGGUGUCCCUGGCUAACCUGGUGCGCAGCUACAAGCUGCUAUGGAAGGAGCUGUUCGGCGGGUACGAGUGCGUGGACAACGAGCGGCUCAGCACGCUGCAGUGCGGCGUGGACAGGGACUUCCAGCAGCUGAUGGACUACGCGACCAGCGCGGAGUCGCCAUGGGUGGGCGCGCUGGUCGAGGAGGUGGCGGCAGCCGCGGCGCCAUUUGCGCCGAGCACUGCGAAUAUCCCCGGAGACUCGCAAAUGCACAUGUCAACUGCCACUGCGCCCACUGGUUCGCUGUUCAGCGAUUCGUCGGCCUCGGCGCCCCUUAGCGCAGCCUCUCCGUCCGACCCUGCGGAGCCGGCGCUGCCCGUGUCGGGCACCACUGCAAAGAGGCAGGCGCGGUUGCCACCACGGUACCAAAGGUCGCACAACGCUGCGGCGCGAAAUGCGCAACAUUGCCCCGGUUACAAGCGUAAGGAGUCCGAGAUGGUCGCUUUAUUGAGGAAGCGGGGAUUCGACCCGUUUUUCGUGUUCUUAGACCAGCUGCUCUGCGGGCUGGAGGGCUGCCGUCUGGGGGCGCGAUACGCUUACGCGACCGAUCUGCUCACCAGCCUACUGCGUCUGAUGCCUGAGCUCAUCUUCCUGCUCAUAGGGCCCAGGACAGGCGGCGGCGAAGGCGUGAGGAAGCGCUGCUACUUCAAGAGGCUGAUAACGCUGAUAAGCUGCUUUCUGAAAUACGUAUGGACUGAGCGUCAGUUCUCUCUGCCCGAAAUUUACCGCGAUGCCUCCUGCGGGGGUGUUACGCCCUUCUACCUGCUAACUGGCGAGAAGGAGCUGGAGACUCGGCACGCCAAGUCUGCGAUGACGGCGACGCUGCUGCACCGGCUCUUCGCGCUGACCCGCCUUAUCGGCGAGAAGUGCAUGGAGUGGGUACUGCUGUCGUGUGAUGGCGGCUUGCCUGCGCGCGCCAUUGGCCAGCGUCUGAAGAGGUUCGUGUACCUGCCCCUGCUGUCGAUAAAGCAGGUCCACGAGCUGGUGAUCCCGCUGAUUGGGCAGUUCACGUGCGUGCACACGUCGCUCGUGGAUUUCGACUACAUGCAGUGGGUGCGUUUGUACCUGUUCCCGCCUCCGCCCGUGUACCGGCUGCGUGCCGAGCUCGUGGCACUCCUGCGUCUGUGCAUCGCAACAACCCGCCUGAGCCUGCGCGGGUGCUGCCGGCGUCUAAACGAGGAGCUGUGCGCCAACAGCGUAGCCCAAUCUGCUCAGGAUUGCGACGAGGAAUUGCUUCGACAGGUGUUUUUGCUGGUGACGGGGCUGUCGUUCUUCCUAGCUCCCGAGUUUUUGAGCACGUGCGUCAGAAACCCUGAAUACUUUUUGGGGAGCUACUUCAUCCUCCUCCCCCACGCGCAGUGCGGUUUGCAGCGUCUGAGCAUCGACACGUUCGCGGAAAGGGAAGUGUACCCGCUGCAGGAGGAGGUGCUGGGCCUGCUGAAGUCCGCGGUUGACGGGGACAUGCUGUCCCGCGACGACCUGCUUGGCUUGAACGACUUCUCCCCGGUGCGCUCCACCAUCCUGAGGCGGAUACUGGCGCUAGCGUGGCACUACGCAAGUGCCCCGUUCAUUCGUGACGACGAGCACGGCGUCCCCCUUCGGCCGGUGGUUGCGCCGCUGGGCGACGCCAAGCACGGUGGCAACACGUGCAGCGGCUGGUGCCGCACAAUGACGCCAUAUUCCGUGCAGUGCAGCGUCGACUUCUUGGGCCACAUGGCGCUCACGCCACUGCGGUUCCGUCUGAGGCGCGUCAGCAUGCGUCCGGUGAAGUGCAUCUUCACGACUGCGGACGAGCUGGAGGCAAAGGUCCGCGCCGGUGAGGAGUUCAUCAACCACUCGCGAGUGGCCGCAAACGACUACGUGUACAUCCGGGGUGGCGUCUCGAGGAGCAACCCCAUAGAGAUGGUCUGCGAAAGCGACGACGUGACGAGAGGCGGCGGCAAGGACUGCGACCUGACCAAAGCACAAGGCCACGAUACAGCGGAACUGCAACGCAGCGGAACCUUGCCCACCAAACGGUGCACACUUGCCUGCAUGCUACGGCUCCACGCGCCCGCUGCUGACCUUCAUAGGGUGGACGACCUGCGGCAGUCGGUGCUUCUGCAGUGCGCUGGCACCCUGACGCGCUACAUGAACAAACACUCUGACCCCAAGAUCCCUUACGCCAACAGUGCGGAAGCCGCCUUCGGCCCGCUGUCGCCCAUAUGGCGCUCGCUGGUGGAGCUCCUGUGCAGCACUAAGCUCCAAGGCCAGAUGCCGGUCCGAGCAGGCUCCGGCGCUUGCGCUAAACGUGAGGUCUUCCUGGGCCACCCGGUCGACAGGGACUUCCUGUAG